AUGUCUACCGUGUCCGACUAUUACCAUAGACUGGAGUCUCGAAUCGGCUACAGGUUUAUUCUAGGAGGAACAAGGCACUUUGGAUACUACAAAGAAGGAACACUAUGGCCCUUCCCUAUCGGGGCUGCCUUGCGGCGGAUGGAAGAGCGCCUCUACCUCACACUUGGCUUGAAAGACAACUCGCUGGUGCUAGAUGCCGGAACAGGGAACGGAGACGUUGCGAUAUUCAUGGCAAAAAAGGGUCUGAGAGUAAAAGCCAUUGAUCUCCUUGAUAUGCAUGUGCAGUGGGCCCGGGAAAAUGUCAAGCGCAAUCAUUUAGGAGACCAGAUUGAGGUAUUCAGCGGCAACUACGAGAAGUUGGAUUUUGACAACGAUACAUUCGAUGGUGUCUACACUAUGGAGACCUUGGUCCAUGCCGGCGAACCUGACCAGGCUAUGAGAGAGUUCUACCGCGUUCUGAAACCCGGUGGAGUUGUCACACAUGUCGAAUACGAACACGACAUGGACAACAAUCCAAUCGGACGAAAUGCUUUGCGUCGAAUUAACACCUACGCACAUAUGCCCGCUUUUGAGCAGUUUCCCUUGAACACUAUUCGGAAAAAACUUAUCAAUGUUGGCUUCCAAGAUAUUGAAGUCCAGGAUCUUUCCAAAAACGUUGCUCCAAUGAUGCGCUUCUUCUUCCUCUUAGCGUACAUACCUUAUCUCAUCAUCCAGCUGCUUGGCAUGGAAGCAUACUUCGUCAACGCGAUGGCCGGCGUUGAGUUAUGGCGUCACAGCGACGAUGUUCGGCUCCUGAUGGUCAAAGCCAGAAAGCCUCUGGUUGAGCUUUCGAAUUCGAACGGACAGAGAAGAAGAUCAAAAGAAUCAGGAAUGGAUUGA